CAAGACCGUGGCGCCAGGCCAAGGCCGCGGCCGCCCCCUGCGCGCGCGCCCUGCGCUCCCGAGGGGCCCACCGAGGGGCCCCCGCUUGGCCGCGGCGGCCCCGCCGGGACUCAGGGCGUGAAUUACCUACCCCGCUCUCGCUUCCAGGCAAAACCAAGCCACACCCCGCGCCUCCUCGUCAAGCGGCCUGACCAGUACAGGCUGCAAGUUGGCAUCGCUCGGCAUCUCUUGGAAGCGAGGGUGGUCAAAAGCGAGGUGGGCUUGUUCUCCUCCUCGGGAUGGCGGCCGCGCUGCGCCGCGGGGCGCUCCCGGCGGCGCUGGCGCUGGCGGCGCUGGGCGCCGCGGCGGCGCGGGGCGGCCCCGCGCCGCUGCCGCGGGGCGGCGCGCGCGCCGGGGCUGCGCUGCUCGCUCCUGCGCUGGGCCUCGCCGCGGCCGCGCUGCUCCCGCUCUGCGUCCUGGUCGUGCGGACGUCCGAGGUGGUUCUGAUCGAGAGGCUCGGGAGGUACAAUCGCAAGCUGAAGCCGGGGCUGCACUUCAGGCUGCCCAUCGUUGAGAGCGUGAGUGCGAGGCUGACCCUUCGCGAGCAGGUGCUGGACAUCCCCCCGCAAGGGUGCAUCACUUCGGACAACGCGCCGCUCAGUGCAGACGCGGUGGUGUACUGGCGUAUUUUCGAUCCAGAGAAGUCUGUGUAUGAGGUGGAGCAACUCGUACUCGCAAUCCAGAACCUUGUGCUCACGCAGCUACGCGCGGAGAUCGGCAAUUUGACCCUUGACGAGACGUUUUCUUCCCGCGCGCGCAUCAACAAGGUGCUCCUGGAGGACCUGGACGAGGCCACGGACCCCUGGGGUGUAAAGAUCACGAGGGUGGAGGUGCGCGACAUCAUACCCAACAAGGACAUCCUCGCCUCGAUGGAGCUGCAGAUGGCCGCGGAGCGCAAGAAGCGGGCGCAGAUCAUCCAGUCCGAGGGGCAGAAGCAGGCGAUCAUGAACGAGGCCCAGGGGCGCGCCGAGGCCUUGAGGAUUGAGGCCGAGGGCGCGAAGGCCGCCAAGAUCCUGGCGGCCGAGGCCGAGCAGCAGCGGCUCCGCUGCGAGGCGGACGGCACCGCGGCCGCACUGCAGGCGAUCACGGCCGCGGCCGGCGGCGACGCCGACCGCGCGCUGCGACUCCAGGCGCUGCAGGCGUACAUCGGCGCGCAGAAGUCGCUCGCGAGCUCCGACAACACGAAGCUGUUCUUCUUCCCCUCGACCGAGGAGUGCACGGCCAAGGCGGCCGCGGUGCUCGGCGAGGCCCUCCGGACGCCCGCGGCGGAGGGCAAGCUUGGCGCCGGUGCGGGGGAGGGAGGGCUCGGCACCGACUCGACGAGCUGA